UGCGCUCUCUCCAGCCGCGGCUCCAGAGCAGCGGGCGGCGGGACCUGCGACCCAGCUCGGCUACUGCGAUCGCAACGCGGGGCCCCCACGAUCCCCCGGCGCCCCGCCUCCAGAGCAGCCCCUGCCGCCAGCGCCGGGUCCGCCCCGGAAUCCCAGAGACUCGCUGAGCCGAACGGACCCGGGCCGCGGGGGAGCGGGGUCCCUGGACCCGAGAGGACGCCCGUGGCGCCCCGGGAGCUCCGGGAGCAGCAGCUCCACCACGGGCCCUCGGGGGCGCAGACCUGCAGAGACUGCGGCCGGCGGGAAGGUGGCUGUUGGAGGCAGGGAGGAGAGUAAAUGAAGAGAAAGAACUGGAAUAACGCCUUCCAGAGAGGGAAGCACACUUGGCUGCACACCCCCAGCCUUGCGCAAGCGGCAGCCCCACCCGGGAGCAGGGUGGAGGCUGGGGCGAUGGUGGGCGCCCUGAAGAUGCCCCAUGGCUACUGAAGGGGCUGCCCGGCCAGGGAGCAGAGUGGCGGGCAUGGUGUGCAGCCUGGGGGUCCUGCUCCUGGUGUCUUCAGUUCUAGCCCUGGAAGAGGUAUUGCUGGACACCACGGGAGAGACAUCUGAGAUUGGCUGGCUCACCUACCCGCCAGGAGGGUGGGACGAGGUGAGCGUUCUGGACGACCAGCGACGCCUGACUCGGACCUUCGAGGCUUGCCACGUGGCAGGGGCCCCUCCAGGCACCGGGCAGGACAAUUGGCUGCAGACCCACUUUGUGGAGCGGCGAGGGGCCCAGAGGGUGCACAUCCGACUGCACUUCUCCGUGCGGGCAUGCUCCAGCCUGGGGGUGAGCGGGGGCACCUGCCGGGAGACCUUCACCCUUUACUACCGCCAGGCUGAGGAGCCCGACAGCCCUGGCAGCGUGCCAGCCUGGCACCUCAAACGCUGGACCAAGGUGGACACAAUUGCAGCUGAUGAGAGCUUCCCCCCUUCAUCCUCCUCCUCCUCCUUGGCGUGGGCGGUGGGACCCCACGGGGCUGGGCAGCGGGCCGGGCUGCAGCUGAACGUCAAAGAGAGGAGCUUCGGGCCUCUCACCCAGCGUGGCUUCUACGUGGCCUUCCAGGACACAGGGGCCUGCCUGGCCCUCGUCGCGGUCAGGCUCUUCUCCUACACCUGCCCCUCCGUGCUCCGGGCCUUUGCCUCCUUUCCAGAGACGCAGGCCAGCGGGGCCGGGGGGGCCUCCCUGGUGGCAGCCGUGGGCACCUGUGUGGCUCACGCAGAGCCAGAGGAGGAUGGAGUGGGGGGCCAGGCGGGGGGCAGCCCCCCCAGGCUGCACUGCAAUGGGGAGGGCAAGUGGAUGGUAGCCGUCGGGGGCUGCCGCUGCCAGCCUGGACACCAGCCCGCGCGAGGGGACAAGGCCUGCCAAGCCUGUCCCCGGGGGCUCUACAAGGCCCAACCUGGAGAUGCCCCCUGCUCACCCUGCCCGGCCCGCAGCCACGCUGCCACCCCCGCAGCGCCUGUUUGCCCCUGCCUCCAGGGCUUCUACCGCGCCAGUUCCGACCCACCAGAGGCCCCCUGCACUGGCCCUCCUUCGGCUCCCCGGGAGCUGUGGUUCGAGGUGCAAGGCUCGGCGCUCAUGCUGCACUGGCGCCUGCCUCAGGAGCUGGGGGGCCGAGGGGACCUGCUUUUCAAUGUCGUGUGCAAGGAGUGCGGAGGCCAGCAGGAGCCGGGCAGCAGCGGGAGCACGUGUCGCCGCUGCAGGGAUGAGGUCCACUUUGACCCCCGCCAGAGGGGCCUUACUGAGAGCCGAGUGUUAGUGGGGGGGCUCCGAGCACACGUGCCCUACAUCCUGGAGGUGCAGGCUGUCAACGGGGUGUCUGAGCUCAGCCCGGACCCUCCCCAGGCUGCAGCCAUCAAUGUCAGCACCAGCCAUGAAGUCCCCUCCGCAGUGCCCGUGGUGCACCAGGUGAGCCGGGCAUCCAACAGCAUCACAGUGUCCUGGCCGCAGCCCGACCAGGCCAAUGGCAACAUCCUGGACUAUCAGCUCCGCUACUAUGACCAGGCAGAAGACGAGUCCCACUCCUUCACCCUGACCAGUGAGACCAACACUGCCACCGUGACGCAGCUAAGCCCCGGCCACAUCUACGGCUUCCAGGUGCGGGCGAGGACCGCUGCUGGCCACGGCCCCUACGGGGGCAAGGUCUACUUCCAGACGCUGCCCCAAGGCGAGCUGUCCUCCCAGCUUCCAGAGAGACUGUCCUUGGUGAUCGGCUCCGUCCUGGGGGCCUUGGCCUUCCUCCUGCUGGCGGCCAUCACCGUGCUGGCCGUGGUCUUCCAGCGGAAGCGGCGCGGGACGGGCUACACGGAGCAACUGCAGCAGUACAGCAGCCCAGGGCUCGGGGUGAAGUAUUACAUCGACCCCUCCACGUACGAGGACCCCUGCCAGGCCAUCCGGGAACUUGCCCGGGAGGUCGAUCCUGCAUAUAUCAAGAUUGAGGAGGUCAUUGGGACAGGCUCUUUUGGAGAAGUGCGCCGGGGCCGCCUGCAGCCCAGGGGACGGCGGGAGCAGGCUGUGGCCAUCCAGGCCCUGUGGGCCGGGGGUGCCGAGAGCCUGCAGAUGACCUUCCUGGGCCGGGCGGCGGUGCUGGGCCAGUUUCAGCACCCCAACAUCCUGCGGCUGGAGGGCGUGGUCACCAAGAGCCGACCCCUCAUGGUGCUGACAGAGCUAAUGGAGCUCGGCCCCCUGGACAGCUUCCUCAGGCAGCGGGAGGGCCAUUUCAGCAGCCUGCAGCUGGUGGCCAUGCAGCGGGGAGUGGCCGCCGCCAUGCAGUACCUGUCCAGCUUUGCCUUCGUGCACCGCGCGCUCUCUGCCCACAGCGUGCUGGUGAACAGCCACCUGGUGUGCAAGGUGGCCCGUCUUGGCCACAGUCCUCAGGGCCCAGGUUGUUUGCUGCGCUGGGCGGCCCCGGAGGUCAUUGCACACGGAAAGCAUACAACAGCCAGCGACGUCUGGAGCUUUGGCAUAGUCAUGUGGGAAGUGAUGAGUUAUGGAGAACGGCCCUAUUGGGACAUGAGUGAGCAGGAGGUACUAAAUGCAAUAGAGCAGGAGUUCCGGUUGCCCCCACCUCCAGGUUGUCCUCCUGGACUACAUCUGCUUAUGUUGGACACUUGGCAAAAGGAUCGUGCCCGGCGGCCUCACUUUGACCAGCUGGUGGCUGCAUUUGACAAGAUGAUUCGCAAGCCAGACACCCUGCAGGCUGGCGGGGACCUUGGGGACAGGCCUUCCCAGGCCCUUCUGAACCCCGUGGCCCUGGACUUUCUCUGUCUGGACUCCCCCCAGGCCUGGCUUUCGGCCAUUGGACUGGAAUGCUACCAGGACAACUUCUCCAAGUUUGGCCUCUGUACCUUCAGUGACGUGGCUCAGCUCAGCCUGGAAGACCUGCCUGCCCUGGGAGUCACCCUGGCCGGCCACCAGAAGAAGCUGCUGCACAACAUCCAGCUCCUUCAGCAGCACCUGCAGCAGCCAGGCUCAGUGGAGGUCUGAGGCCCGGGCAGGAAGCUGUGGACUGACACUGCCCCAACCCUGCCCUGGACACAGGCCGAGAAGGGACAUGGGAGACAUGAGCCAGGCUCCCUCUCGGCCUCCGUGAGAGAUGCCCACAGCAAACCCAACUGUCCGACCUACCAAUGCUGCAUCUCCAGCCCUCUGCCCCUCCACCAGCCUCCCCACAUUAAAGGGAAAGAAGGGAAUUGG